UGACCGUCAGUCAGGAAAGGAAGAAUGAAGGGAGGAAAACUAUCCGCUGGCGUCCAAUAACACGCUCAAAAGAUCGGAAAUGGGAUAGAGAUGUUCGGCAAGGGCUGUUUUGAUUGACUGUUGGAAGCGUGAAGGGCUCACAGAAGAGCUUUGAAAGAAAGAGACCAUAAUGAAAUUAAAUGAGAGGAGCGUGGCGCAUUAUGCCACAUGCAACUCUCCUCCAGACAAGACGGGCUUCCUCUUUAAGAAAGGGGAACGGAACACGGCCUAUCACCGCCGCUGGUUUAUUCUGAAGGGCAACAUGCUGUUCUACUUCGAGGAGAGGGAAAGCCGAGAGCCGAUUGGUGUCAUCGUCCUGGAAGGCUGCACGGUGGAGCUCUGCGAGUCUGAAUCCGAAGAGUUUGCUUUCGCCGUCAAAUUCGACUGCGUCAAAGCGAGGGUCUACAAGAUGGCAGCGGAGAACCAGGCCGCUAUGGAAUCGUGGGUCAAGGCUCUGUCCCGGGCGAGUUUCGACUACAUGCGGCUGGUCGUGAAGGAGCUGGAGAGGCAGCUGGAGGAAGUGCAAGAAGAAGCCAGAUCUUCGCAAGCCAAAAGCAAGCAGAAGAAGCACCAGACGCAAUCGCAAGGAGCAGCGAGCUUCCAACCCGCGGCCGCCAUUACGGGGCCUUCGCUGGAAGGGGUGUCUGGCAGAGAAAACGGGGUGUCUUGGAGUAAGCCCACCGGCGUGCCGAACGGGGUCAGCGAGGGCUGCGUCUGGGAGGGGGACUGCAGCGGGAGGGGGGAUGGAGUCAAACCGCCUCCGGUACCUCCACGGAGGAAGACCAACGGCGGCUCACUCGAGAGCCCCGUUUCACCCGGCACAGGCUGCUUCUCCAAACUGCACGACUGGUACGGCAAGGAGGUGGCUGAACUGAGAAUAGAAUGGCUGCAGAGCCAGUGAAUGAGACUCGAAACAUGCAUUUGCACAAAAGACGUGUUUAAGUGCAAUCUCGGUUGAAGACACAAUCGGUCAAAUUCAUCUAAAAACAAAGAGAGCAAUAGAAUGAUAAUCACUCGUCCGCUGUUACGCUAAACAAGACCUAGGCGGUUUUUAGAGGAACUUUGUGUAAUUUACUCACCCCCUCAUGUCUUUCCAAACCUCGCUGGAAAAUCUAGUUCUUAAAUACGGGAAGGUACAGUAAAUCUUAUGAUAAAGAAAACAGCAGUAUUUACCUGCAUAUAUUUUUACUAAAGCGUUUGAAACAAAUAGUGCAAUAUUUUAUGCAAGUGCAGUGUUUUUCAUUAAAUAUCAUUAAAAAAAAAAAAGUAUGCAAAAAAUGUACUCGUCCUAUUGCAUCUAAGAUGUACGUAGAUGAGUUUUGGAGAAUUGUAGCAUUGCAUCAUUUACUUAUCAGUGUGAAUGGGUGCCGUCAGUGUCCAAACAGCUGAUUAAAAACGUAAUCUAUUAUAAUGCCCCUCUCACAUCAAAAGCCACCGAUGCUUUGUUUUUCGUUGUUUGGGAUUGUUUUUGACUGCAUAUUUCUCUCCUGAUUCAGACUAGAUGAUUUUUACUUGUGGUUUAUUGUAAGGUUUUUAUCAGCUGGUCGACGGCACCCAUUCAAGUUUCAUUGGUGAGCAAGUGAUGAAAUGCAAAAUGUUUCCAAAUCUAUUUGAACGAGCAAACAUUUACAUCUUGGAUUGCCUGAGGGCGAGUCAUUUUUUUUUAAGCAAACUUUGUUUUUUAGAUUAACGAUUCCUUUAAUACAAUAAAAAAACAUUGCAAUUCCUUGAACUUUGUUGUGGGCUAACCCUAUAUGAAUCAUUGACUGGUGCUUUUAAAUAAUUCAUUACACAGUUUUAAAAUGAAAACAUUUCUACAAUGUUUGCAACUUCUAUUUAAAUAAGAGAUGGAGAGAAGAGAAAAUAAUAUUAACAUUCCUUUACUUUGCAAAUCUAAAAUAAAUCUAAUGGCUUGAAACCUAAUUGCAAAAUUAAUUAAAAUCUUCAGUAAUCUUAAUUACAGUGUUGCAUUGUUGAAUUAAAUAUGUUUAGCAAACUCUUCAGUGCUUUGUUCCUUUAAAAAAAAAUAAAUAAAUCAAUGGACACUGGUUCUGUCCAGGUUAAAAAAUGACAAAAAGCACCACAUUAAAGUAUCAUAAAGCUAGGUUUACGUCUUACAAACUGAUAAUAGCUUAGUGUUAGGAGACGCCUAACAUUUAUGCUUUUGCAUGUUUCUCAAGGUUUGACGUUAUUAUGUCAAACAUUGGCUUCUUGCAUCUUGUUGCAAUUAAAACUUGCAUGAUGUGUCUUGAUGCAAGAGUUUAGGAGAAAAGUACAAUUUUUAAAUAUGCCACACAAAGAUUUAUGACUUUACAAUACUUAGAUUUGGUGCACAGGUCGUAUGGACUACCUAUGAACGAGGGGGACUUUUUGUGCUUGUUCAAGCAAAUAAUAUGGGUUUGAAGCGACAUGAGUACGAGUAAAUGAUGCUGUUUUCUUUUUUCGUAUGAACUUUCAUUUAGGGAUUUUCCUAGAACCUCACUCUUAGCAAAUUAGUAUUUUUUUUAUUAGAAUUUCUUUUUUAUUAUUGCGUAACGACACAAAUUUCUUUCUUCGCAAUGUUUGUUUUGAUAAAGAAAAGCGGUACCGGGUCCCUGUUUUCAGAUUGACGGACACUUGAAUGUAAGUAUUAUAGUGCCAAAGCUGGUCUGUGGCAAUUUGUAAUCAUUUUACAAUAUAAAUUAGAAAAAAAAAUGACUUUACAGCACAAAAAGUUUAAUGUAUCUCCAAAUAUAUGAAUUUUAUGCUGUAUUUUAAGAAAUCUACAAUCCAACCUGCCAAAAACGUAAUUGCCAAAAUGAUUUCUAACUUUUAAGUAUGUAAUAGUGUCUCAAACAAUGGACUUGUUAGCCAGCUAAUAUGUAAUCUUCCAUUGAUGACUUUUUUUUUAAUAAGCAUCUAUAAUACACCGUUAUUUAAUUUUAGGGUUAAUGCAUCAUAUGUUAUCAUUUUUGCCAAUAAACUUGUUAAUGCUUUGCCUUUUAAAACUGACCAAUUAUAGUCAUCAUACUGUGACCAACAUUUAAUACGUUAUAGAAUAUAUAUAUAUAUAUAUAUACAGACAGCUUAUUAAUGGCUUUUGUAAAUGCAUCUUAAUGGUACAGAUUGUGUGCAAUCAUAUAAUCAUAUUUGGGGAUAUUUUACCUAUAGUGACACUAAAUGGGAGACGUGGCUGGCCAACCGCAGUGCCUUCAGAUUUCAUCCAAAACACUGUGUUAGAUUCCACAAUGCAAAUAGUAAAACAUCAGCGAAUAAGAGAUGAAUGUGGAUAAACAGCUUGUGUAUUAACCAGGUACUGGUAGUAAAAUGACAACCACUGCAAUAAAGUUAACCUGUUGCUGAAUGAGGUUGUAUUGCAAUAACCAGGUCUGAAUGUUUGGUCGAAACGGCCUUUGAAAAUUACAUUGGAUAGAAUAUUAAAUAUGAAGGAAGCAAGAAUGUAUGUUUAAUGUUUUCAAAUAAAGAUGGGCAUCUUCAUAAAAUA